ACUGACUAGGGCGAGCGAGCGGCAGCGCUCCGCAUUGUGGCAGGCGGCGGGGGCCGGCGAGGGCGCCGGGGCUGCGGGCAGCGGCGGGGCGCAGAGAGGCGCGCGCAGGGGUUCUGACGGCGCGGGGCCAGCCGCUGGCGAGGGCCGCUGAGUGCACUCAUCUUCCGUCGCGUAACUUCGAAGCCAGGGCGCGGGAGCCCGGAGAGCGCUCGGAGCCCCAGAGCCUGAGGAGCGCAGAGAGGGGCGCGCCGGAGCCUGGUUGGAGAGCGGGCUCUGGGCACCCACUGCGCUCCGAGCGCCGGGCAGCCCUCUGCGCAGCCUGGCUGCUGCUGCCCCCACGGAGGGUACGGGCUGGCGCGGCCGGGCGCCGGGGAGGACGGCGAGGAGGAGGCGGCGGCGGCGGAGACGGCGGCGGCGAGGCUGGGGCCAGGGAGAGAGCCCCGGGGGAGAGGCGCCCGAGCCUGGCCGCGGGAGCAUGUGGGCCCGGAGCGGAGCGCGGGGCGCGCUGCUGCUGGCGCUGCUGCUCUGCUGGGACCCAAGACUGAGCCAAGCAGGCACGGAUUCUGGCAGCGAGGUGCUCCCCGACUCCUUCCCGUCGGCGCCGGCUGAGCCCCUGCCCCACUUCCUGCAGGAGCCCCAGGACGCCUACAUCGUGAAGAACAAGCCUGUGGAGCUGCGCUGCCGUGCCUUCCCCGCCACGCAGAUCUACUUCAAGUGCAACGGCGAGUGGGUCAGCCAGAAUGACCACGUCACACAGGAGGGCCUGGAUGAGGCCACGGGCCUGCGGGUACGCGAGGUCCAGAUCGAGGUGUCCCGGCAGCAGGUGGAGGAGCUGUUUGGGCUGGAGGAUUACUGGUGCCAGUGCGUGGCCUGGAGCUCCGCCGGCACCACCAAGAGUCGCCGGGCCUAUGUCCGCAUUGCAUACCUGCGCAAGAACUUCGAUCAGGAGCCUCUGGGCAAGGAAGUGCCCCUGGACCAGGAGGUUCUCCUUCAGUGCCGCCCACCGGAGGGGGUGCCUGUGGCUGAGGUGGAGUGGCUAAAGAAUGAGGACGUCCUCGACCCCACCCAGGACACCAACUUCCUGCUCACCAUCGACCACAACCUCAUCAUCCGCCAGGCCCGCCUGUCGGACACGGCCAACUACACCUGUGUGGCCAAGAACAUUGUAGCCAAACGCCGCAGCACCACCGCGACCAUCACUGUCUACGUGAACGGUGGCUGGUCCAGCUGGGCAGAGUGGUCACCCUGCUCCAACCGCUGUGGCCGUGGCUGGCAGAAGCGCACGCGGACCUGCACCAACCCGGCCCCGCUCAAUGGAGGCGCCUUCUGUGAGGGCCAGGCCUUCCAAAAGACCGCCUGCACCACCGUGUGCCCAGUCGACGGAGCGUGGACGGAGUGGAGCAAGUGGUCGGCCUGCAGCACCGAGUGUGCCCACUGGCGCAGCCGUGAGUGCAUGGCGCCCCCGCCCCAGAACGGAGGCCGAGACUGCAGCGGGACCCUGCUCGACUCCAAGAACUGCACGGACGGGCUGUGCGUGCAGAAUAAGAAAACUCUAAGUGACCCCAAAAGCCACCUGCUGGAGGCCUCGGGGGACGUGGCGCUGUACGCAGGCCUCGUGGUGUCCGCCUUCGUGGUCGUGGGCGUCCUCAUGGUGGUGGGGGUGGUGGUGUACCGCCGUAACUGCCGGGACUUCGACACCGACAUCACUGACUCGUCCGCCGCACUCACUGGCGGCUUCCACCCCGUCAACUUCAAGACUGCGAGGCCCAACAAUCCCCAGCUCCUGCACCCGUCGGUGCCCCCGGACCUCACGGCCAGUGCUGGCAUCUACCGCGGGCCCGUGUAUGCCCUGCAGGACUCAGCCGACAAGAUCCCCAUGACCAACUCACCCCUGCUCGACCCCCUGCCCAGUCUCAAGAUCAAGGUCUACAAUUCCAGCACCACCGGCUCUGGGCCGGGCCUGCCCGAUGGGGCCGACCUGCUGGGGGUCCUGCCGCCCGGCACAUACUCUGGCGAUCUCACCCGGGAUGCCCACUUCCUGCACCUGCGCAGUGCUAGCCUCGGCCCCCAGCAGCUCCUGGGCCUGCCCCGUGACCCGGGGAGCAGCGUCAGCGGCACUUUCGGCUGCCUGGGUGGGAGGCUCAGCAUCCCGGGCACAGGGGUCAGCCUGCUGGUGCCCAAUGGAGCCAUCCCGCAGGGCAAGUUCUAUGAGAUGUACCUCCUUAUCAACAAGGCAGAGAACACCCUCCCGCUUUCAGAAGGAACCCAGACAGUAUUGAGCCCCUCGGUGACCUGUGGGCCCACGGGCCUCCUGCUGUGCCGUCCCGUCAUCCUCACGGUACCCCACUGUGCUGAAGUCAGCGCCGGUGACUGGAUCUUCCAGCUCAAGACCCAGGCCCACCAGGGCCACUGGGAGGAGGUGGUGACUCUGGACGAGGAGACCCUGAACACCCCCUGCUACUGCCAGCUGGAGGCCAGGUCCUGCCACAUCCUGUUGGACCAGCUGGGCACCUACGUGUUCACGGGUGAGUCCUACUCCCGCUCGGCUGUCAAGCGGCUCCAGCUGGCCAUCUUCGUCCCCACCCUCUGCACCUCCCUGGAGUACAGCCUCAGGGUCUACUGCCUGGAGGACACACCCGCGGCCCUGAAGGAGGUGCUGGAGCUGGAGCGGACGCUGGGUGGCUAUCUAGUGGAGGAGCCCAAACCCCUGCUGUUUAAAGACAGUUACCACAACCUGCGCCUCUCUCUGCACGACAUCCCCCAUGCCCACUGGAGAAGCAAGCUGCUGGCCAAGUACCAGGAGAUCCCCUUCUGUCACAUCUGGAGUGGCAGCCAGAAGGCUCUGCACUGCACCUUCACCCUGGAGAGGCACAGCCUGGCCUCCACAGAGCUCACCUGCAAGAUCUGUGUGCGGCAGGUGGAAGGGGAAGGCCAGAUCUUCCAGCUGCACGCCACGCUGGCAGAGACGCCUGCCAGCUCCCUGGACGCCUUCUGCUCUGCCCCUGGCAGCACGGUCACCACCCAGCUGGGGCCCUAUGCCUUCAAGAUUCCACUGUCCAUCCGCCAAAAGAUAUGCAACAGCCUGGACGCCCCCAACUCGCGGGGCAAUGACUGGCGGCUCUUGGCGCAGAAGCUCUCCAUGGACCGGUACCUGAACUACUUUGCCACCAAAGCAAGCCCCACGGGUGUGAUCCUGGACCUCUGGGAAGCUCUGCAGCAGGACGACGGGGACCUCAACAGCCUGGCGAGUGCCUUGGAGGAGAUGGGCAAGAGUGAGGUGCUGGUGGCCGUGGCCACUGACGGGGACUGCUGAGCGGCCCCGGAACCGUGCGCUGGGAGGGCGGGCAGGAGGCGGGCAUGGGAAGGCUCGGGCAGCCUCGUGAGAGGCGGGGCGGCCUAUGCUGUCCCCGAGCUCACAGCCGGAGUCACCCUCUCCUCCUCCCCUCGCCCCACUCCAGACCACGACCAGCCUUAGCAAAUCCAUGUAGUCCGUUGUCCAGAGGACCCAGUGCUCCUUCUCUGCCCUUGGCUGUCUCUCCUGCCGGCAGAUCUCUGCAGGGAACCCCCAGGAGGUCUCCGGAGGCAGCCCAGGGGGCCAGGAGGGGCCCCCCCACCAACUCCUUCCACACCACCUGCUACUGCCGCCCCGGGAGCUCUGGGUUACGUUUGUCUAAGUUUCGUCCUUCAGUUUCUCCCUCGGUUCCUGGUUUCUCCCCUGCCCCGAGCCCCUUUCUCCUUUCACACCAUUUUCCUCUUUGAAGAGUCAAGUACAAUUCACAUGAACUGCUUUCUCCUGGCCAAAGCAAAAAGGAAAAGUAAAGGAAGAAAGAAACUUCAGACUGCCAGUCCGGCUCCAAGAAGAAAAAGAGCAACACCAAAACCACAAGGGAAAAGAAAAACCCAGUUUCUUAGGAAACGCACAUGAUUUAUUAUCCAGAUAUUUGGAUAAGUCCUUUUUAAGAAAAAAAAAAAAAAGAAAAUGAAAAACAACACA